UGAGCGCGGUCAGUGGCCUCUGGGGCUUCUCAGCAAGCGAGGUCCGGAGUCGGGGAGCCCUCCGGCAGCGAGGCCAGGCCCGGAGGCUGGUGAGGAGCGUGCGAGUCCGUUGGUCGGCUCUCCGCAGAGAGGCGCGGCCGCGCCGGUUCCCGGCCCGGAAGCGGAAGUGUGGGCACCGGGGGUCCUACCCAGUGUAAGCGCCGCGGGAGAGCCAGCCGUUUUACCGGCCGGUCGCGAAGCAUCCUCCCUGCUCCCCGCGUGGCCUUCGCCGACCCCGCCAUGCUGUCCCUAGACUUUUUGGACGAUGUGCGGCGGAUGAACAAGCGGCAGCUCUAUUAUCAAGUCCUAAAUUUUGGAAUGAUUGUCUCCUCGGCGCUAAUGAUCUGGAAGGGGUUAAUGGUCAUAACUGGAAGUGAAAGUCCUAUUGUAGUGGUGCUCAGUGGCAGCAUGGAACCUGCAUUUCAUAGAGGAGAUCUUCUCUUUUUAACAAAUCGAGUUGAAGAUCCCAUACGAGUGGGAGAAAUUGUUGUUUUUCGGAUAGAAGGAAGAGAGAUUCCUAUAGUUCACCGAGUCUUGAAGAUUCAUGAAAAGCAAAAUGGGCAUGUCAAGUUUUUGACCAAAGGAGAUAAUAAUGCAGUUGAUGACCGAGGCCUCUAUAAACAAGGACAACAUUGGCUAGAGAAGAAAGAUGUCGUGGGGAGAGCCAGAGGAUUCGUUCCUUAUAUUGGGAUUGUGACAAUCCUCAUGAAUGACUAUCCUAAAUUUAAGUAUGCUGUUCUCUUCCUGCUGGGUUUAUUUGUGCUGGUCCAUCGUGAGUAAGAAGCCCUCCUUGCUGGCCCUGGAAGAUGCCGUGCUUUCUGUGACUGAGCGUGUGGAGUAGAUCCUGGCGUGUGGUUGGUGGACUGGAGAACGCACAUGUUGGCACUUCUUGGUGGCCCUGGUUCGCAUUAGUUUAUGUUCCCACACCAGAGUGCGUGUGGGCGUACGUGUGCAUGUGCACUAUGGCGUGCACUCAAGGGGACUUUCAGUCACAGGAUUUCAUAUGUUGUCAUUGUCACACUUUCACAUUUUUGUACAACAGUGGAUUUUUUUAUAUUAAAAGAUUGAGCCAAAGCCCCCAGUGUUUGUAUUUUGAAGCCAAGCUUCACUUCUAAAGUGCCUACAGAGUUCUGUAAACAAAAAUGAGCUCUGCGCAAGCUUGAAACUGUCAUUCCUCCUUCUAAGGGGAGUGGCAUAUACUGAGGUGGUCAUCAGUCUUAACUUUUCAAAAUUUUAAAUAAAAGACUUUGCAUAUUGAA